GGGCGGGGGUGCCCCGCCCCCCGUUACCCCCCAGAGAGCUUCCACGCUGCCCGCCCCCGCCCCACGGGCCCCAUAGAGCUUCCACGCUGCCCGUCCUGGCGUUCGCCCUCCAGCCGGGGCCGCUGGGCGGUUUUAAAAUGUCCAGUAUCGGCGCGGCGCUAACUCGUGUUCCGGGCCCGGCUGCAGCGUCGGCACCGCGCAGGGCUGGGCUGGCGCCCUAGCGCGUCUACACAGGACAGUUACCGGGCACAAGCCAAGGUGCGGGUUUAAACCGCUGGUGCGGUGCUGGUGCGCCUCCCCUGGGCACGCCGCUCUGACGCUGGACUGGGGGAGCAGAGUGCUGGCAAGGGCGCCCCAACAAGGCUCCUGCGGCUGGAGGAGUUGUCAUGUGGACACGCCCAGAAAUACCUCGGCGAGGGUCUGAGCCAUCGUCUGGGUCAGGAUGAGCUGGAGUUUCCUGACCCGGCUCCUGGAGGAGAUCAACAACCACUCAACCUUUGUGGGCAAGGUCUGGCUCACUGUCCUCAUCAUCUUCCGCAUCGUGCUGACCGCUGUGGGCGGCGAGUCCAUCUACUACGACGAGCAGAGCAAGUUUGUGUGUAACACGCAGCAGCCGGGCUGCGAGAACGUCUGCUACGAUGCCUUCGCGCCCCUCUCCCAUGUCCGCUUCUGGAUCUUCCAGAUCAUCAUGGUGGCCACGCCCUCCGUCAUGUACCUGGGUUUCGCCAUGCACCGCCUCGCCCGCGGGCCAGAGGGCCGCCAGCGGGGGGGCGGGCACAUGCCCAUGGUGCGGCGGGGCGCCGGGCGGGACUACGAGGAGGCAGAGGAGGAUAACGAGGAGGAUCCCAUGAUCUUCGAGGAGAUAGAGGUGGAGAAGGAGAAGGGCGGGGAGCGGGGUGAGAAACACGAUGGGCGCCGGCAGAUCCGCCAGGAUGGGCUGAUGAAGGCCUACGUGCUGCAGCUGUUGUGUCGCUCGGUGCUGGAGGUGGCCUUCCUCUUUGGGCAGUACAUGCUGUACCACUUGGAGGUGAGCCCCUCCUACGUGUGCACCCGCAGCCCCUGCCCGCACACCGUCGACUGCUUCGUCUCCCGGCCUACCGAGAAGACCAUCUUCCUGCUCAUCAUGUACGCGGUCAGCGGGCUCUGCCUCUUCCUCAACCUCCUCGAGCUCUGUCACCUGGGGGUUGGCCGCAUCCGGGACUUGCUGCGUCAGGGCAGUGACAGCCCGAGCCCCCAUGACAGCCACCCGGGGCCGCCCUAUGCCAAGAAGGCCCCCAGCGCGCCUCCCACCUACCACUCACUGAAGAAAGAAUCCCCCAAGGGCCAGCUGGCCAACGGGAAGCUGGACUACAGUGAGAACCUGGCCAGCUCUGCAGCCGAGUGCUCCCGUGAGCACGAGCUGGCCCGGCUGCGCAAGCACCUCUGCAUGGCCCAGGAGCACCUGGAGAUGGCCUUCCAGCUGAACCGCCCUCUGGAGACAGCCAGCCCCUCGCGCAGCAGCAGCCCUGAGGCCAACGGUCUCGCUGCUGAGCAGAACCGCCUCAACUUGGCCCACGAAAAGGAGGGGUCUGCUUGUGAGAGAACCACAGGUGAGGAAGGUCUGGGCCUUGCCUGGGCCGUGCUCCCAGCUGUCUCCCAGGCGCUAGCCUGCCCACAUCUGUGUCCCCAACCGCGGGGCUCUCUCUGACUCCUCUGGGGGUGCUGCAGCAGGACCCUAAUGUGCGUGUUCUCCUCUCCACAGGAUUGUGAGCAGCUAGGCUCCUCGGGGCGGCUGCAGAGAUGGCGACAGGGACUGGCAAUGUGCUCCAGAGGAGACCACUGGAACCUGGACAACCUGUGCUGGGGAAACGGGGUGGGGGAUGGACAGGGUUGGGGGCUGAGCUUCCAAGGAGGGAGGAGGCCUGGGCUGGGAAGCCCUCUGCCUCCUGUGGGGCUCCAGCAGGGCAGGCUGGCAUGGGGAGGAACAUUCCUUCACUCUUCUCACUUUUUUUUAGAAAAGGGAAUCUUUUAUUUUUGUACUUUUUAUAAAACUUCUCAGUGCACAGCCCCAGCCCCCGCCCCAAACACCUGCGGCCCUCCUCCCCUCUGGGACCUUCAGCCAGCCCCUUCCCAGCCCUGGGACACUCUCCUCCUCCUUCUCCUCUCCCCCCCUCCCUCCCGCCCCCGCCCCCAGCAAUGAGGGUCGCUGCACUGGCAUGGGGAAAGGUUUGCAGUCGCAUGGAGGUGGUUGAUGCUCAGUUGCUUUCCCACAGUGGCAGGGAGCUGUCUGAGUGGGAAUCCCAGGGGAUCCAGCAGGGCUGGGCCGACGUGCACUAUUCGCUUGGGGUCCCUCCUCCCAGCUGGGUCUGACGUCUUCACCUCGAUCUUGUGGCUGCGCUGGGCCUGGGGGAGCCGAGCCAGUGGAGAUGCCUACCCAGAGUUGCGGGCAGACUGGGUCGCACUGAGCUCUCAGUAUGGGGCAUCCAUUUCUGGGGAGGGAGGGGAGCUGGUUCCCAGCUGAGCUGCCAGGGGCAAUGGCAAGUCUCUGCGCGGGAGAGCCUUGGCCACCCUGGGUUUUUGUCAGGGGACCUGCAGGGUUCUUCUGUUCCAGACAGGCCCCUGGGUGUCCCCUCCACCUCAUGCUCAUGCUCUCUGUAUUGGCUGGUGUAGGGAGUUGUGGAUUAGCCAGAGGCUGAGCAGGUCUCUGGGGGGGGUGAAUAGGGCACUAUGAGGUGGGGGUUUACAGGCUACCCAGUGGGAGGGAGGGCAGAGGCCGCGCUGAGGGGGCAGCUGUGCUG